CGAGCGAAACCGGAAGUACUUGCGGGAUUCUCCUCUCGCACUUGCUCAGUCCUCUGCGCCGUCGUCCAAGAAUGGCCGCUGCUGCAGCAGGAAUAAACAAGCAGGGCGCCGUAGCGACGAUGGAGCCCUGUAUCCGACACGGGAGAGGAGCUCAUGGAAACACGGUUAAGGUGCUGGAGUGUGGUGUAUGCGAGGACGUCUUCUCUCUCCAGGGGGACAAGGUCCCUCGUCUCCUGCUCUGUGGUCACACAGUGUGCCAUGAUUGUCUAACCCGGCUGCCCCUCCAUGGUAGAGCGGUCCGCUGCCCCUUCGACAGACAGGUCACUGAGCUGGGGGACUCUGGAGUUUGGGGUCUGAAGAAGAACUUUGCUCUGCUUGAGCUCUUGGAGCGACUCCAGAAUGGCGCUACCAACCAGUCGGGAAUGGCGGAGGAUGCCCUGAGAGGCAUGGGAGAAUGUAUAAUCCGAUGUGAUGAGGACGAGAGCCACACGGCCUCUAUGUACUGCACCGUGUGUGCCACCCACCUGUGUGCCGAGUGCUCCCAGCUCACCCACUCCACCCGCACGCUGGCCAAACACCGUCGGGUGCCGCUGGCCGACAAGCCUCACGAGAAGACUCUGUGCCCGCAGCAUCAGGUCCACGCAAUCGAGUUUGUCUGCCUGGAGGAGGCCUGUCAGUCUGGGCCGCUCAUGUGCUGUGUGUGUAAGGAGUACGGCAAGCACCAGGGACAUAAGCAUGCUGUUCUUGAGACUGAAGCUAACCAGAUCCGUGCAUCCAUUUUGGACAUGGCCCACUGCAUCCGCACCUUCACAGAUGAAGUGUCCGAGUACUCAAGGAAGCUGGUGGGCAUCGUGCAGCAAAUAGAAGGUGGAGAGCAGAUAGUCGAGGACGGUGUAGGCAUGGCACACACUGAACAUGUCCCCGGCACAGCAGAGAGCGCACGCUCCUGUGUCCGAGCUUACUUCGCCGACCUUCACGAGACUCUGUGUCGGCAGGAGGAGAUGGCACUGAGCGUGGUGGAUGCUCACGUCAGGGAGAGGCUGAUCUGGCUGAGGCAGCAGCAGGAGGACAUGACCAUCCUGCUGUCUCAGGUCUCCACCGCCUGCCUGCACUGUGAGAAAACUCUUCAACAGGAUGACUGCAGAGUUGUGCUGGCAAAGCAGGAGAUCAACUGUUUGCUGGAGACGCUUCAGAAGCAGCAGCACCAGUUCACAGAGCUGGCAGAUCACAUUCAGCUGGAUGCUGGCAUCCCCGUCACCUUCACCAAGGACAACCGGGUGCACAUCGGUCCGAAGAUGGAGAUCCGUGUAGUAACUCUCGGGCUGGAUGGAGCUGGAAAAACCACCAUCCUCUUCAAGCUGAAACAAGACGAGUUCAUGCAACCCAUCCCAACCAUCGGUUUCAAUGUAGAGACGGUUGAAUAUAAGAACUUGAAAUUCACCAUCUGGGACGUGGGUGGAAAACAUAAGCUCCGACCCCUCUGGAAACACUAUUACCUGAACACUCAAGCGGUGGUGUUUGUGAUUGACAGCUGCCACAGGGACAGACUGAUGGAGGCUCACAGUGAGCUGGCCAAACUGCUGACGGAGAAGGAGCUGAGAGACGCCUUGUUGCUCAUCUUUGCAAACAAACAGUUUGCAUGUCUGCAGGACGUCCCCGGUGUCGUGUCUGUGGAGGAGAUGACGGAGCUGCUGAGCCUACACAAGCUGUGCUGCGGGAGGAGCUGGCACAUUCAGGGCUGCGACGCCCGCAGUGGGAUGGGCCUCCACGAGGGGCUGGAUUGGCUCUCCAGACAGCUGGUGGCCGCUGGUGUCCUGGACGUUGCCUAAAUGUAAAAACCUCUCUGUUUUGGCCCGUACUGACUCUCCCGUAACGACUCCAACCCCCCCAGCCUUUUGAGCCCUGCUCACCGGUUCUUCCCACCACUUCCAAAUAUUAACUUUGAAGACUGCGCGCUUUUACGCCUGCCCUCCUCAUCUUUCCUUCUUUGUGCACCAACGUGGGCAAAGAAAAACAAAGAUGCAUUUACUUUCUCUAGCUUCACUGAAUCGAAAACACAGAAACUACAAAACCACCCACCCUCCGAGAAAUAAACCCAAUGGCCCCAAAACCUGAGUUCAGACUACAAAUGCCCAUCCUGGUUCAUUUGUAAGGCAGCGUACACGUAACGUAACACAUUGCUUACUUUAGUUUUUCUUCUUUCUAACCCUUUUUUCCAGAGACAAGCCGUUUAUCUGGCAUCUAUAGCUACCUGACUUAUGUCCAGUAAAAUGUUAAAAAUCCUUGUGUCCCGACUUGAGUGAACUCUAAUGUUUUUUCUAUCUCACUUUCAUCAUAACCACCUCCAUAUGUGACAGUAACCUUAACUAAACUGCAGAGUAGUCUGUAUUCGUGAUAGUAUCAUUCACGUACCUUCUGUUGAUUCAGUAUAUAACACAUCUUAUAAUCCUGAGAAAUAACUACAGUGACCUUUUUAAGCUACAUUCAGUAUAUAUGCAGGUGAGACAGGACAGAAAUGUUCACUACGGUUUAAAUGGACCCAGACGACUUCCAGUGGCUUUAGACAGAUGGUCAAAAGUUCUGAUUUUGGCUAAAUUCUCACUUUGCCUUGACAUCUAAUGUAAGCAAUAGCAGUUGAUAGUUUCAUAGGGUCUUUAAGUUAUGUGUGGGCUUCUUUUUUAAUUUUUUUUUAAGUGUACUGUAUGAACCUAUUUAAUGCCACAGCUGGUCUUGAAAUGGCGCACCAGUCGAGUUUUGGUUUGGAUGUUUUCUGUUACAGAACAAACUGUUGUACUGAACUUAUUUAUGAGCAGGAACACGGAUGUUACUUUGAUACGAGGCUUUUGUGAGAAACUCAGUUUUUAAGCACCGAUUCUGCCUCUGAUUUGUGGAGUCUUGCACGCAGACUGUCGAAUGCACUCAUUUCUGCCUCAUUACCAGUUUUCAUUUGGGAGCAAAUGAACUAUCUGCUGUUUCUUAGAAGACGGAGUAUUAAUCUCACUGCAAAAAAAAAAUAAAAAAUGUAUAUAUAUAUUCCUAUUUAAACAUCUCCCAGGUCAUGUUAAUCUGUUGCAAGUGCUUAGGAGAUGGUACACCUUAAAUCAACAGCCUUCAGUAAUAAUGUAAUGUGAAACAUUGAGCCUAACACUGACACUUGUUAUUAAGAACCCAUCCUUUGACUUUGAUUUAAUUCAUUGCUAUGUAAUGUUUACUACAUGUAUAUGUAUAAAAAAAGUACUAAUAAAAAAAAAAAUUUAAAACAUGCACGUGUGAUAAGCCUUUCCACAUUUGUGAAAACAUUUCAUGUUUUUGAAACGUAGAAGCACAAUGCGCAUCGAAACCUUUGUUACCAGUGGACUUGAUAAUGGCUUUUGUAAAUUAUUCAUAAUGUGUUGCUGUAAAAUAAAAAUAAAAUUGACCUUA